CUGGCUCCUUGAGCCCAGCUGCCCUACGUCUCAUGGCUAGUGGGCUCUUCACUGGCAGCAACCCAGACGCUGGCAGGGCACUCGGCUUGGAGGGGGGGCUGCUCUGCCAGCUGAUCCGUUCCCCAGAUUACAAUCUCUUCCCCAACUCAGCAGUCUUUGAGAGCAACUUCAUUCAGGUCACAAAGAAGGGGAAAUGGAUAGGCAUCACCCACACACCCACCAUUGUGACUCUGGCAGUGACCUCCUCGGAUCCCUGCCUCCCUCUGCCCAACGUGCUCCUGAUGGCGAACCAACGGGCCCCACCUCAGAGGGUCCACGCGGGCAGUCCCCAGCUGUCGCAAAUGGACCUGACCAGGCUGCUCCCCCUCCGCUACGUCCGGCUCUCUGUCCACAACGCCAGCCAGCGCAUUUUGCGUCUCCAGACGGUGACCAAGACGGUGUAUUACCUGCAGCUGCACCACGACCACCCAGAGGCCGUCUUUGGGCUCUGGAGCCGCCUGUCCAACAUCCUGCAGAACGGCCUCUCCACCACCACCAAGGACCCGGCCAUCCCCAUCCACCACUGCCUGGUCUCCAGCCGCAGCAGCAGCGUCUCUAGCAUCGGGCCCUCGGUGGAGCGCUCGGAUACGGUGGUGAGGAGCACAGGGGUGACCAAGAGAGUGAGCAGGAAGGUGUCGGGUAGCCCCACCCACUUCCCCCCAAGUCCCAAGCAAAUCCAGGAAAAGCCUCGGAGAGUCUCCUUCCAAACGCAGCAGCAGACCCUGGAGGACACGUCGGGCGUCUCCAGCGACAUUAAAGUCCUGUACUACGACCUGCCUCCGCCGCUGGUGUGCGCCCGCUGCAAGGGCCGGCUGCCCAGGAGCGAGCCGCGAAAGUGCCGCCUGGACGCCCGGCCUGCCGAUUCGGACGUGGAGCUGGCGCCCUGGAUGGACCGGAGGACCCACGGGCUCUGGCAGCAGGAGACGCCCACCUGGCUGCAGCCCCUCUGCCGCCUCAGCAGCCUCGCCGCCGCCGGCUGGAAAUAGGCCGGGCCGGGCCGGGGCGGGACCCCGGCUGGGGCGCACGGCCGCCCGGACACGCCGCCGCCGCCCAAGCAGGACGAGAAGCGACUGGCGGGGCCAAAGCGCGAAAGGGAUAAAUAAAGCUGCCGGCUGGACCCGACCCAGGAGUGGAGCCCGCUUGCAGAGGAGGCGGGGAGGGCCGACGCCGAAAAGCCCCCCCCCCCCGGUGCCUGGGUCCAGGGGCGCCCUGGAGCAGAAACCCCCCCCCCCCAGAGGGGAGGGAAAUGCACCCGAGGGCAGCUGACUGCUAUAUGAGCACAGCCAAGAGGCGGAGGGGGGCUCUAAUAGCCCCCUACUCUUACCAGCCUCUCCCCGUCACCUGGAUAUGGUACAUCAACUGUUGAGGGGAGCCCUCUGAGUGGACCGGGGUCCCACACCCAGCACCCCAGCCUCAGGGGCCCCUCACUUGCCCAGAGUAGGUGUCAGGUGCCCACCAAGGUGGCAUCCCACCCUCCAUGGUCUGCUUUUGGGUGGGGGUGGGGGACGUUGGUGGCGAGGCUUCGUCCUGAGCAUCCCCAGAAGAUGAGGGAGAAAGGAAGAAUUUGGGGGCCAGGAGGGGGCUUGGCCGGGGCCUGGCUUUGGAGGCAGGGGCUGAGCGAGGCACCCCCACAGAUGAAGGGGUCCAAAUUUGGGGAAGGGUGGCUGGAAGGGCAAGAUGCUGCUUUCCCCAUGACUGUAAAAGUCCCCACGGCCGUAAGGUUAGGGUGUCCCCCCCCUCCCUUUCACCCCCCCCCCAGUCAUCCGAAGGAAGGUCCAGCCAAUUGGGGGGCAGAGUGGGAACCAGGGCCUGCGUGAGCCUGCGGAGCCUUGAGGGCAGCUAGAAAGGAGCUAAGGAAGCUUAGUGCCAUCCGAGACAUCGCUGCCCAUCCCGAGGUCAGGGGGCCUGGGAGACGGAACCGACGCUCGGGACCCUCCAGCGCAGGGAGAGCUGCCAGAGCGCCUCCUUUGAAAGGGCCCUGGACAAGGGGGAGACGGCCGGGGUGGGGGGGGCGGGUGGGACAGGAAAGGGAGAGUUAACUGGGAAGG